UUUAUAAUCUGUACCUUACAGGGUAUAUAUUUAAAGCACUAAUAAAUGCAUUUAUCAACAAAACAUGAGUGCCAAUGAUGAGGGUCUUGUAAGAAAAUACAAGUUGGUAUUUCUUGGUGAACAAAGUGUUGGAAAAACAUCACUAAUCACACGGUUUAUGUAUGACAGCUUUGAUAGUACAUACCAGGCAACUAUUGGAAUUGAUUUUUUAUCAAAAACUGUCAUCGUUGGUGACAAUCAGAUUCGAUUACAAAUUUGGGAUACUGCAGGUACAGAACGAUUUAGAAGUCUUAUCCCCAACUACAUUCGUGAUUUAUCAGCAGCUGUAGCAGUUUACGAUAUUUCAAGUUCGGCAUCAUUUGCUGAGAUUAAUCGCUGGAUUGACGAUGUACGAAGAGAAAAAGGAGACGAUGUUGUCAUAUUUCUGUGUGGAAAUAAAACAGAUUUAGCUGAGAAGAGGAGAAUAUCAAUGGAACAAGGAAUGCAUCGAGCUCGUGAGCUUGGUGUUGAUUUUGUGGAGACCAGUGCAAAGAGUGGUCACAAUGUAAAGAAGUUGUUCAGAGAUAUCGCAUCUUCACUCCAAGGUUUAAGCUCAGGUAAACCAGACACAAAACGUGAACCCAUUCAUAUUAUCGUUCAACCUCACUCUGCUGAAGAGGUGAUUGGGAAAGAUAACUGUGGAUGUUGAUGAUUGCGUUGAUGAAUUGUGGAAACUAUUGAAAUGUGGUGACGGCGAUAUUGAGAGAGGUUGCUCGUGAGGACUCCUUGAAUGCCGCCAUCCCUAACAUUUGAUUUUCCUGUUUGUUUGUUCGUUUGUUUUUUCUACAAUACAAUACAGAGUUACGUUUUUUAUUUUGACCUUUUUGUUUAAACGUGUUCUUUUUUAAACUUAUAGACAGGAAAUAUGAUGUAUUAGUUGUUGUUUUUUUAAAAAACGUAAAUUAAUUGUCUUACAUAUAUCUUAGGAUAUAGUUUUUUAUUCCAAAUAAUAUUGUAUAUAUUUAUGGUACAUAUAAAUUUUAUUUUAUUUUUUACGCUUUAGUCAUUCUAAUUUUUUUUAAAGUGUGGCUCAAAAGCUUCGUGUAGCAUAUAGUGUUUAUUGAAAGUGUUUUAAAAAAACUUUUUAUUGCAUGCUAGAAUUGAGGUGUAAUUAUCUGAUUCUUUAUAAGUUUUGACUUUUUAUAACUUAUUGUUUACAAGAUAGGGUUUUAUUUCAACGAAUAAAAAAAUACACGAAGAUGUAUAUGCAUCAACAUGUUAAUAACUGAUUUAUGCAAAACAUCAGGUAGAACAUGAAAGUCUGUUACAGGUUCAUCACACAGCAAAGGCAUUACCCUGAACAGGUUAAUAAACAUUUUCUACUUUUUAUGUGUGUUCGAUAACCUGUAAAAUUGUGAAGUGCUAAGGAACAGAAUUCUGCGUAAAGAAUGUAGAAACAUAAAUUAAUAAAAAGAUAUCAAAGUACAA